CCAGGGAUCUCCUCCCGGGCUCCGAUGACCCCCCUCUCUCUCCCAGCAGGGGAGGCGCCGGGCCCUUUACGCACUCGCGCGCUUCGCCGGCGGCCGAGCGGGGACUCCCUCUGCCGAGCGCCGUCCCAGAGCAGCGGCGGCUCCGCCCCGGGGGUGGUCCCGGGACUGGGAGGCCGCGCCGCGCAGGCUCCAUAACUGGACCUACCCGCUGCCCCGAGCCCCGAUCCAGGCGCGAGGAUGGGGAUGGCGGCGGCGGCGGCGCGUAGCGGACUCUUCCUCCUGCUCCUGCUGCUGCUGGCGGGGGCGCUGGGCUUGCAGGCCGAGCGGCCAGGUUUUCAGUCAUUAUCACAUUUGUCUGCCUAUGAAAUUACAGUCCCCAGGAGAAUAACGAGAGAAGGGCGAGAAGCAUCCAGUUCCUUCUCGGCGCAGGAUAAGUUAUCGUAUGUCAUUGAAGUUGAAGGAAAUGAGUAUAUAAUCCAUCUAGAAAAAAACAAAGGGCUUUUGCCCAAAGACUUCACGGUGUAUACGUACAGUGAAAAUGGAACACUGCAGUCUAAAAUUCCAGAUAUUCAGGACCACUGCCACUAUCAGGGAUAUGUCGAAGGAUCCUUGAAUUCCAUGGUUGCUGUCAGCACUUGCUUUGGACUCAGGGGAUUACUGCAAGUUGAAAACAUCGCCUAUGGAAUUGAACCAACAGAGUCGACCUCAGGCUUUCAGCACAUCGUCUACCGAAUGGAGAACGUGAAGAAAGAGCCAAUGGCCUGUGGGGUGGCCGACCCGGAUGGGAAAUGGGAAAGCACGGAGCAGAACGAUGCCUCCAGCAUGAACCAUCUGCUGAGAAGAAAAAGAGGCGUCCUCCUGCAGACGAGAUACGUCGAACUUUUCAUUGUGGUAGACAAAGAAAGGUACCUGUUGUUAGGCAGGAACGAAACGGCUAUAAGGGAAGAGAUGGUACAGUUGGCUAACUACCUGGAUAGUAUGUACAUUAUGCUGAACAUUCGCGUUGUGUUGGUUGGCUUGGAGAUCUGGACAGCGGAAAACAAGAUCAGCAUAGAAGGCGGUGCAGGGGAUGUCCUCGCCAACUUUGUACAGUGGCGAGAAAAGGAGCUCGUCUCGCGCCGAAGGCAUGACAGCGCACAGUUUGUGCUGAAGAAACCAUUUGGUGGAACAGCCGGGAUGGCCUAUGUUGGAACCGUUUGCUCCAAGAGUCAUGCUGGAGGAAUUAAUGUGUUUGGACCCAUGAGCGUGCAGAUGUUUGCCUCCAUUAUGGCUCACGAACUUGGCCAUAACCUGGGAAUGAAUCACGACAACGAAAGGGAGUGUCGCUGCGAAACGGAAAACUGCAUUAUGAAUUCGGGAGCCUCAGGGGCCAGAAACUUCAGUAGCUGUAGUGAAGAAGAUUUUGAAAAGUUAACCUUGAACAAAGGCGGAAGCUGCCUUCUCAAUAUCCCCACGCCUGACGAUACCUACAACGUUCCCUACUGUGGGAAUAAGCUUGUGGACGCUGGCGAGGAAUGUGACUGCGGAACACCAGAGGAAUGCAAAUCCGAUCCUUGCUGUGAGGCGGGAACUUGUCGACUCCGUCCAGGGGCAGAUUGCGCGUAUGGAGACUGCUGUCAUAAUUGCCAUUAUCUUUCCAAAGGCACCGAGUGCCGGGACCCCACCAGCGAGUGCGACCUGCCGGAGUACUGCAACGGGACCUCGCCCUUCUGCCCUCAAGAUGUCACCCUUCAGAAUGGGCACCCCUGCCACAAAGAUGAAGCCUAUUGCUACAAUGGGAUGUGCCAGUACUAUGAAGCACAGUGCCAGGCCAUCUUUGGUCCAAAGGCAAAGGCUGCCCCUGAAAUUUGCUUUUCUGAAGUGAAUUCCAAAGGCGACCGGUUUGGAAACUGCGGUUACCAGGGCCACGACUACAAGAAAUGCUCGAGCUGGAACUCCAUGUGCGGGAAGCUGCAGUGUGAGAAUGUGAAAACCCUCCCAGUCUACGGGAUUGAGCCUGCCAUUAUUCAGUCUAAAUUCAGAGGCCGGAUGUGCUGGGGAGUGGACUUCCAGCUGGGCUCCGAUGUCCGCGAUCCAGGCAUGGUGAAUGAGGGGACCAAGUGUGCCCCUGGAAAGGUGUGCAAGCACUAUCAGUGCGUGGAUGUGUCUGCCCUGGACUAUGAUUGCGACAUAAAGAACAAGUGCAACGGUCAAGGGGUGUGUAACAGCAAUAAGAACUGUCACUGUCACCCCGGAUGGGCUCCUCCAUACUGUGACUCCAAAGGAUACGGCGGCAGCGUGGACAGCGGUCCUCCGUACAGUGACAACACAACAAAAAAUUGGCUGCUGGCCUUCUUUUGCGUCAUCCUUCCCUUUUUGUUGCUUUUGCUCUUCAUUUACCUAGUAAGGGAUCGAAUUGUGCAUUCCUUGUUGCCAUUGAUAGACAGCUGUCGUGCAUGUUGCUUUGGUUCAUCCCAUAUGCAAGAGAGCAUACACACCGAAUAUCCACCGAGUAUUCCAUACACCCCAAGGGAGACAUCAAGCCAAAUAAACCGAUUCACUGUGCCAUCCUAUGCAGCCAAUCAGCAACCUUAUUGUGAGCCUUAUCGCCCAACUUCUCCGCUUCCUUCUCCACUGCCCUUGGAUCAGCAGCACAUACCCACCAGGCCUCCACCCCCAGUGCUGAAAACUACCACUCAGGAACACUUCUACCCUUCUCGACCUGCACCGUUGCCUCCCGUCUAACUUUCUGUUUCUCUGUCACAAGCUGAUCUGUUUGCUGGAACAGAGGUGUGUCUGUCUUCCAUCAAGUGGCUCUUGAAAACCUUCCUUCUCCUUUGGUGCAGGGGAAGGAAUUUUUUUUUUUUUAAAUGCAAAACCAAGGAAUGUAAACUUAUCAAGCAAAUACCUCUACCAAAGCUCCAGGAACUGAAACCAUCAAGCCUGUGAAAAACUGUCUGUGCAAACUACAGUUGAGCUGGACCACUGGAAAGUGGAUGGAUCAAUAUGAAAUAUGACUGUUUGGGCGUAAUUGUGUCUAUUCCUUUUUAUGGUUAGAUUUAAUCGCAACCAUCCUUUGCUUCUUCUUGUCUGAUUAGUAGAGAAUCAAACAGUGAGUGAAGGCAGACAUAACACUAUUAGAGGAUUGGAGCCAAUUUGGCAAUGCCCUCCAUAUCUACUUUGUUGAAAAGAGUUAAGCUCUGAAGAAGACGAAGAAAAGUAGUUCUGCAAGUCUGCAGAAAAAGCCGACUGUGAACUGUGCUGAUUGGAUAGUGUCUGUGUCGCCAAGAACUUUCCCCACCAUUUCCAGACAAAUAUUUGCACUUUUUAAAAAAAUAAUAGCUUCCUUUUUAUUAUUAUAAAUAAUAUGACGAAGAAUGGAUAAGUGCAUAUAUGGCAUCUUAAAAAAUAUAAAAGGCAACUUGCUAACUUGGCAAAGGUAAUCCCUGCUAACUUGGCAAAGAGGCACCUUUUAACCUGGUGAUUCUCUUUAUUUAGCAGGGGAACUGGCCCUAUCCACCCCCAGCACAGUGACUGUUGCUGGUGUCUAUCUUAUGUUUCUUUUUAGAUUGUGAGCCCUUUGGGGACAGGGAUCCAUCUUAUCUAUUUGUUAUUUCUCUGUGUAAACCGCGCUGAGCCAUUUUUGGAAGGGCGGUAUAGAAAUCGAAUAAACAAACAAACAAACAAACCUGAAGUAUGGUGGGAGGGGAGAUUGGCAGUGAAUCAGCAUUCGAUUUGCUGGUAUGUACGUCAGUUAUUCAAACUGCAAAGCUACGAGGAAGCCAGCCAGGAGUUCUGUUACAAGUUCUGUUUUAAUGUUACUUCUGUUUUCACUUGUAGUUAGGUAGAGGCAGGCAUUAAUUGCAAAUCAUGUUGGACCAGCACACUAACAAGGGCAACAAGCUUCAAAUGGUCUGGGUCUGGCUGGACAGGGAGUUCACGAUUUGUGCGCAAACGAUGAACAGGCACAAGCUGAAGCUCUAAGAAAAAUGAACGUGGUUUUUCGAAAAUGCAAGGUAUUAUUCGUGUGCACACAAGUGUUAAUGAGGUGUGAGACGGUGUGCGUCUGUAUGCAUAUGAUUAACACAUUUUAAAACAAAGACAAUUUUAACUGUGCUGGCUGACACUAAACUGUAGAUAGUCAAGGAUGAUAGGUGAAUUUAACUUAACAGGUGAUAAUUAACAAAUGGCUGUUCAGCAAUUCUUCUAAUAUACCACUAAUGCUUAUACAAAAUAAAGGUACAAGAAACUUCUGUUUUUGGUCUAGGCUGGGGUGUGGGCUGCUAAUGGCCCACGUGGCACAUAUUCAGCUCUUCUAAAGCCGACUAGAAUCCCAAGCAUUCUAGCUUUCAGGCCCCCCACCCAAGUAAGUUAAAAGCAGAGGGGUGCUUGAAAAUGGGAUGACAACCAGGGCUAAUAGGCACAUAGCAAGCUUUGGGGCCUGAGGACAGACCGCUGGUCUGUGCUACCCACGCCCCUUGGCGCUGGCAUCAGACGCAUGCUGACACAGGGGGCAUAGCCAGCGCCUGGGUGGGUGGAGUGUGCAACCCUUCCCAGGUGGUGCUUUGUUCACUGACUGCGUGUUCUUUCUCUCCCUUGCUCAGAGUGAGAGUUUGAAAGAAUACCCAACGGAUGAAGUGCUCGCUGCUGAGAAUGGGUGAGGGAGCACACCUCACACUCCCAGCCAGCGAGCGCUUCGUUCAUCAGCUGGGUGCCUGAGAGGGUGCCCUUGGUGAGCAGGCCCCAGUGGCCAAGGGGCAUUUGUCCCUCACCCCCACACGUCCCAUCCCCCCCCCCCCAAUGGUGGCUCCGCUCCUGAGUGCUGAAUAACUGGAAAUGAGGAGGCAAAAAGCACACAUUCGAAAAGGAGCACAGAUCCACCCUAUGUUGAUUUUCUGUAUGUAAAAUUUAAUACGAUCAAGGAUCAGAUACAUCGGAUACGAUUAUUUAGAAAAUACAGUCAAUGACCAGACAAUAUUAACAGCAAUAGAUGUCAAACAAUCAUCCGAAACGUUAAGAAAGCUUAAAAUAACGAUAAUUCGGCUAACUCAGGCCGUAGCUUGCAGACAGCAAAACAAUAUGUUGCAGCAUUUAAAGAAAUGGCAUCAUUAUUAUGAGACAAUGAAAUUGGCGAAUAGAAAGUGUCCGAGUGCCCUGGGUAUUUUGACAGCAAUGGUAAGAUUAAUCGAGCCCAAACAUCUUUGUAAUAUGGACAGUACAAUAGAACAUGAGCAGAGGAUUCAACAACCCCAGCUCCACACAGGCAAACCCUGGCCCCAUAAGGAACCACCUUGAAUUUGCCUUCAAAUUGAUUUUCUGUUACUUCAGUAUCUGUAUAUCAAGACUUGUCUAGGGCUGAGCAAGACUGUUUAUGUUUGAGGAUAGCCAUUUCCAAAUAAGAACACUGUAGAGAUGCUGUAUGUGCCCCCAAAAAACUAAGUUUGGCAUUGGUCGGCUCACAAAGAUGCUAUGCAAAUAGUGCUAACGAGAUGCAAAUUUCUGGCACCCCUUUUGCUUGCAGUGCAUUUCCCAUGUGGCCUUCAGAUGCCCACGGCAAACCGAUCAGAUUAGAUGGCGCUGUCGAAUAUCUAGGUAUCUGUUUAUUGGUGGUGGAUGUGCACAUAAAUCUUCUGGUCAUGCACAAUUGGCAGCUAUUGGGCACAUUCUCCAAUUCUGCCCUCUUGCUGUUAGCAUCUUUUAAUGUGAAAUCACAGCCUUGAUCACCAGCAUCCUUUUUUUUUCUUUUUAAAAUGUUAAGCCCCUUGAAAAUGUUCUGAGCACUUUAAACCCUAGCAGCCUGCUGAAGAAAUACAUAUCUUUCAUCAUUUAUUUUAAGCAUCGCGCUUUGUGUGUGUCAGUCAGGAUGUUUACAUUGGCUAAAUCUUGUUGGAUUGAUUUGCAUCAAUCUUUGCACCAUGGAUUAAGCCAAACUUUUAAAAAAAAAAAUCUGCUAAAAAAUAAUCUGUUAGACUGGGAGGGCUAGUUGGGUAUUAGUAGAGGUGGUGGGAUAUCCUGGCGUGCUAUGCUUGCAUAGUGUAUUAUAAUGGAUAUCAAAACUGUUAUAAAGAUGUGUCUGCUACUCUAGCUUCAGAUAAUGAAACAAUUCUUAUGUUAAGACCUAUUCCCCAUUUGGCGGUAGUUAUUCAGCAUACACUCGUUUGGUAAAUUUCUCCAUAUUUCUUGCCAAAAAGUCUUUAACAGUGUUUGUAUAUAUUCAUAUAUAAAUAUAUGUCUGCAGCUGCAAUAAUAAAAUACUUGAACUAU